CCUAACCUCCGCGUCCCGCGCGCACCCAUCUUCACCUACGCGCAUCACGCGUACAGCCAGCAAUUUCUCCUUGCUUGCUCGUCCCAUCGUGCAACCAUGGAUUACCAGAAUCGCGCUGGUUCCAAGUUCGGCGGAGGUGGUGUCGCCUCCCAGUCCGCAACCAAUGCCGACCGUCGCGAACGUCUCCGCAAGCUCGCGCUUGAGACUAUCGAUCUCGACAAGGACCCUUACUUCUUCAAGAACCACGUCGGCAGCUUCGAGUGCCGUCUCUGCUUGACAGUCCACCAGAACGAUGGCUCGUAUCUCGCACAUACCCAAGGUCGCAAGCACCAGACCAACCUGGCACGACGUGCUGCCCGCGAACAGAAGGAGGGACGGGACAAGGAAGGCUUGCUGCCUGGAAUGAGCCAGGUCCAAGUCAAGAAGAACGUAGUCAAGAUUGGCAGGCCGGGUUACAAAAUCACAAAGACGCGCGACCCUCUCACUCGCCAGCACGGAUUGCUCUUCCAGCUUCAGUACCCUGAGAUCACCCCCGGCAUCGUCCCCCGAGUUCGCUUCAUGAGCGCUUUCGAACAGAAGAUCGAGGAUCCCCCAGACAAGAACUUCCAGUACCUACUCGUGGCUGCGGAACCAUACGAGACUUGCGGCUUCAAGCUCCAGGCCCGUGAAGUUGAUAGGAGAGAAGGACGCUUCUGGACCUGGUUUGACGAGGAUAGCAAGGAGUUCUGGAUCCAGGUGCUCUUCAAGACCGAACGCGAAGAAAGAUAUAGCGGUGUGCCUGGUCUGGCUCCCGCUGGAUCAAGGCGUUGAAAAAUCUUACCUUUACCGUGACGGGCGGUUCACAUGGUCGGCGUUGAAUGGUUUGGGGAUUAGUUAGGCUGGUUAUCCACAUAGGCAUGUCGUCACGAAUCCGAUCAAGGGAGACGCAGCUGACGCGGUUUCCAAGCCUGCAGUUAAUGUACUAUAUGGAGGCUUUGGCCUUGCGAAAAACGCUGGCACAGUUAGCAACGCUGUCAAAGUCGGAGUGAGUGUGUAGAAGUUUUUGACGAUGUCAGAUUCGGGCAGCAAGCCUUCAUCACCUUAUAGCAACGAACUUAACGAUCCUGUGAGGUGAUGAACGAACCCACCCACACAUCAGUGGCGGUCCAAGUGACAUCCACACGGCUCUUGGAAUACGAGACGCGAAUAUGGGAGCAGUCAGAAGUGCGAGGGAGCAGCGUCUACCGUG